CUUGUGUAUGGGCUAUACCAUUUCAAUCUGCAGGAGGAGGCUCACAUCAUCUGAAUGGUCCUCCUUCAAAAAACCAUUCCCCCUUUGCUUAGCAGCAACCUGAGCCCAGUAACUGUGAAACAGUGCAUUGAGAGAACAACAUAGCUCCCAAUGAAACAGAUGUUUACAGACUCACAGAAAUGCCACCAAGACAAUUCCCCCCGCAAGCUCAUAGACAAACUGGUCCUACACCACAGGCAAUUCAGGAUGGGACAGUCAACAAGCCCCUGGGCCACAUUAUCCAGGACCGCUAAUGAACACACCCCAGCGUCCUCAAGGAGCUUAUGGGUCCCCCAGGUCCAAGAUAUGAACAUCCUAUGACUUGGAUGCCAGCUCCACCUCCACUUCCCAACUGUCCCCCAGGAUUGGAAUAUUUAAGCCAGAUUGAUCAGAUGAUAAUUCAGCAAAAGAUUGAGCUUCUGGAAAUCAUAAUUGGCUUUGAAACCAGCAACAAGUAUGAAGUGAAAAAUGCUUGGGGGCAAAUGGUUUACUCGGCGUUUGAGGAUACCGACUGCCUCACACGAAACUGCUGUGGACCAUUGCGGCCAUUUACAAUUAAAAUCAUCGACAACGUGGGCCAGGAAGUGAUUGAGGUCCAGCGACCUCUCCGGUGCUCCAGCUGCUUGUAUCCUUGCUGUUUGCAAGAGCUUGAAGUCCAUGCCCCUCCAGGAACACCCAUUGGGUAUAUUAAGCAGACGUGGCACCCCUAUCUGCCUAAAUUCACCAUCCAAAAUGAACUCCAUCAGGAUGUCCUUAAAAUCACCGGGCCCUGUAUAGUGUGCAGCUUGUGCCAAGAUAUUCAUUUUGAGGUGCUGUCACUGGAUGAGCAGACAGCAGUUGGAAGGAUUUCUAAGCACUGGACUGGCUUUCUGAAAGAGGCCUUCACCGAUACUGACAACUUUGGAGUCCAGUUCCCGUUGGACCUUGAUGUUAGAAUGAAAGCUGUCCUGCUGGGUGCCUGCUUCCUCGUGGAUUUCAUGUUUUUUGAAUCUACGGGAGGAGGCCGACAGCGAAUGGGGGUCUGGGGUUAGGUCAGGCUACUGCCUUAUAAAUGCCUUGGAGAAUGU